UAUUUCUCCCUCCUUAAAAUUCAAAAUCACUGUGCCCUUCUUUCUUUCUUCCCACUCACUGCUCAGUGCUCACGCCCAAGAACAAGAUCACCGUUUCCAAGCUCUUCGACACAAACAUAGAUUAUAAUGGAAUCCAAUACUCCACUUCCAUGGUCCGUAACCGUCCGCCGGAAUCCUCACCGGCGGGCUAGACCGACGCCGUUAUCAAACCCUCCUGCACUAAACUUCACCUCUUCAAAACCUAAAAAACAAGAAAUUCCUCCGUUUCCUCUGCAGGACAUUCUCUCAAUCGAUGUUCCUCAACCGGACCCGUCUCCCUUAACCCUAACUUCUGAUUCCGAAAGUCUGAGAGUCUAUCUCAGAAUUAAGCCUCUUUUGCCGCCAAAGACUCCCUGUAAAGACGAUCAAAAUAUCAAGCUGAGGCAGAAAAAUGUAUGGCCUCAAGCAAAGAAGAAAAAUAAUACCAAAGAGAACAGUACUAAUUGCACGAAGAGGAAGCAGAUUAACAACAUUUGUAUUUCGGUUAAUGAUUCUCAGUCGGUGACUUUAUCACCGCCUGUAGCUUUACAAGAAUCGAAAAGGAUAAAAUCCGUGGUGUAUGAAGGGUUUUCGUGUGUUUUUCCCUCCGAUUCUUCCCAGAAUACAGUUUACAAUGAUAUGGUGAAGCCACUGGUAGAUGAUUUUCUUAAUGGCAAAAAUGGAAUGAUUGCUGCUUUAGGGCCUAGCGGUUCAGGAAAGACUCAUACGGUUUUUGGCACCGCCAAGGAGCCUGGCAUGGUUCCGCUUGCGCUUAAACGCAUAUUUGGAGUGCUGGAAGCUGGUGGCUCUAAGUUUUCAAGAUUUUCCAUAUCAAUGUUUGAAAUAUAUUCUGAAGGAGGGAAGGCAGAGAAAAUGUUUGAUUUAUCCCCAGAUGGAGCUGAUUUGUCAAUGCAGCAAUCAACAAUCAAAGGUCUACAAGAGAUUCCAAUUACUGAUGCUGCACAAGCAGAAUCCUUGAUAGCUUCUGCAAUGCUGAAACGUGCAACAGCCAUGACCAAUACAAACAGUCAAUCGAGCCGAUCCCAGUGCAUCAUCAACAUUCACAGUUGUGCGAAAAAAUGCAAUAGAGCGGUAGAUGUUCAACCAAAUAAUGCUGUCUUAACCAUUGUUGACCUUGCUGGAGCUGAGAGAGAAAGGAGAACAGGGAAUCAGGGGUCAAGAUUGCUUGAAAGUAACUUCAUUAACAACACAUCAAUGGUUUUUGGUCUGUGCCUAAGAUCAUUAUUGGAGCACCAAAAGAACCCCAAGAAGCCAUUGCAGAAGCAUUUUCAGAAUUCUUUGCUGACUAGGUAUUUACGAGACUAUUUUGAAGGCAAGAAGCGGAUGGCUUUGAUUUUAACGGUAAAACCAGGAGAAGAGGACUAUCUUGAUACAGCUUACCUCCUUAGACAAGCUUCACCUUAUAUGAAAAUCAAGUUCAAUAUUGAGGAGCAAUCCUCUUCAGUUCAUCAGAAGAGGCAAAUUCAAUCUUUAUCUAGAAAUGUAGAGCCGAAAAGAAAGAAACUCUGCAGCGUUGUUCCUCAUGUGAUUGAAGAAGAAAAAAGCAAUGGAGAUCAAACUUCACUUUUGAUUGAAGAAGCCUCGAGAAUCUCUAAAUUGGACUCCGAUGAAAUUGCUUCUGUAAUGUCUGACUGUAGUAAUUUGGCAACAAGGGAGAGAAACCAUACGAUAAUGCAAAAUUUUGCAAAAGCAUUGUGGAAUGUCUUGAAGGAAUGUAACGGAAAACUGAAGGUUGCAGAAAGGACAAUUGAAAGUAUGAAUGAGAACCUUAGAAGUGAAAAGUCGAAAUAUCUUGAGCUGGAAAAGCGGAUGGAGGAUUUGAAUUCACGAUGCACUUGUUCCCAGGAAAAUCCUGUGAAGUCCUUUCUAGAAGCGGAAAACAAAGUUGUUGUCCCAGUAUAUCUUCAGGAAAAUGAAAGUAGCUACAGUGAGGAGAUGAAGAUGCUUAAUGAGCUCCACUGUUCUCCUACAAUGUGCAACCUGGAUCGAGAUUUAUUGAACCAGAUGAAUGUUGGCAUUCAUGAUGUGAAUCGCGAGGCAUUCGAGUCUAAUAGUAAUUGUGCAAAUCGUGACUGUAGUCCACUAUGGGAUAAAGAUCUACUGUCCCAGAAAAAUCAAAAUGAGACUAGUCUGCCGGUGGAUGUGGGCAGAAAUUCACAUGUUCUCGAGGCAUCUAAUUGUACCACUUCUCCUAGAGGCGACCAGGGUGUUAGAAGUCAGAUGGAAGUGAAUGGCUUUUCUCCCUACCUUGAGGAAUCUAAAUCCUGUUCUACUCCAAGACAUGAUCAGGAGAUUCCAGCUCCGGAAAAUCAAUAUGAAACUAGUCUUCAGACAGGUGUGAGCAGAAAUUCUCCUGAUCUCAAGACAUCUGAUUGUACCACUUUUCCUAGAGGCUAUCAGGGUGUUAGAAGUCAGAUGGAAGUGAAUGGCUCUUCUCCCUACCUUGAGGAAUCUAAAUCCUGUUGCACUCCAAGACAUGAUCAGAAGAUUUCGACUCCGGAAAAUCAAUAUGAAACUAGUCUUCAGAUGGUUGCGAGCAGUAAUACUCCUAACCUUGAGGCAUCUGAUUGUACCACUUCUCCUAAAGGCGAUCAGGGUGUUAGAAGUCAGAUGGAAGCGAACAGCACCUCUCCUUGCCUUGAGGAAUCUAAAUGUUGUUUCACUCCGAGCCAUGAUCAGGAGAUUUCGACUCCGACAAAUGUGAAUAUUCAUUCUUCCAAUCUUGAGGAAUCUGAAUGCAGAAGCGCUCAAAGAUGUAAUCAGGAUAUUUCAGCACUGGCAGACGCAAGUGUUCAUUCUUCGGGCCUGAAGGUAUCUGCACACAGUAGCACACCAAUGCAGGAUCAAGACACUACAACAGUGGUGGAUGUGAAUGUUCAUUCUUCAGCUGUGAAGGCAUCUAAAAGCUCACCAAGACAGGAUCAGGAUAUUCUGAAGGAGGCUAAUAGGAAACUGGUGGAUCUACCACAAUCAAACAAGGAUGAUGUUACAUCUAACCUUGAUGAGCCAGAUAUCAAAAUAAUAUCCAAGGCUUCAGGAACAUCAUCGACAUUGAAAAAACCAAAGAGGAGACUUAUGCCAGUCUCAUCUAUAUUGCUAAGGGACAUUAGUGCACUAGGGAUUGAGAAUGAGCCUGAGAAACCAAAAGGUAAAAAGGCUGGAAAGAAAAUGGUUGCUGAUGAAAGAACUCAGGGCAGUAUCUCUCUUCAACGUUUGCUUCAAAGCAAACUGUAUCGCUAGUAUGUGAAUCUUUCUGACUCAGUUUUUGUUUUUGGUAACAUAUGCCUUAUAGGAAAGGAGAGGUCUUUUCGGUUUUUGUUUGGGCCUUUCCGUUAUAGUCAUAGCCACAGGACUAACUCCGGUCUGGAUGCUACACGAAACCAAAGGUUUACCACUUACAGCAAAUGUAAAUGGAUUAUGGGUAGUGUGGUAGCGUAGCAAACUCCUAUAGCACAUUAAUGGAGUUGGGUUUUUAACAUUGUAAUGAUAGUGUAGAACAGUGUUUUAAGAACUGAACUGGGCUGUCCUCUUUAACUGGUUUGCCCGUGAAUGCAGUAUGAGCCUGGUUCGGUUCUUUCUUAAAAAUCAGAUUUUCGGUUCAAUCUCUUUGAACAGAAAAAAAAUGCAAAAACUAUUGAAUUGAUUAAAUUGUAAAAAUUAUGUGGUUCUUUAUUUACUA